AUGGUCGCGGAUUCCUACCCCGUUCCACGCACCUGGGACCACCUGCGACGGGCGGCCGGACAGAGAUACCACUGCUGCACGCUAGACAUGAACUCAGGGUUCUGGAACGUGCCAAUCAAGGAGGGGUGCAAGGCGCUCACCGCCUUUAUAACUCCGAUUGGCCUUUUCGAGUCCAUCCGGCAUAAAAACUCGCCCGCUGAGUUCCAACGCUCAAUCGAUUCCUGCUUCGCACCGCUGCUAGGAGAAAAUGCGUUCUGCUACAUUGACGACAUCGUCAUUUGUGGACAGGACUUCGACAGCGCACCGCAGCGGGUUAAGCUCUUACUGGAACAGUGCAGGAAGACCGGUUUCUACUUGCGCCUGGACAAGAGCGAAUGGUUCAAGGACGAAGUAAAGUACCUCGGGCACGUCGUCGGCCAGACGGGCAUAAAGGUCCAGGAGAAGAAUCCUCGAGCAAUCGUCAACGCACAGCCCCCAACAGGAAGAAGGAGCUACAAAGCUUCCUAG